UUGUUGAGGGUUUCCAAUAGAGUCGCUGCCAAAGGAGCCACGGGAGCGCACAGAAGGCAUGGAGCGCCGCGGGACAUAAAUCCACAGCCACCUUUCAGCUGAGCCUCGCUGGGACUGCUCCAGUUAUUGGAAAAAAAAUAAUAGUCUACAAGUUGCCUCUGAUGCUGCUAUAUAGCUGACGAAUCCCGAGAGAGAGGCAAAGAGCGAGUGAGAUAAGCUGGGGCAACAUGUGGAACCUUUUGACGCGCGCAAGGCAAGUUUUGCGCCACUUGCCGUUGUGGCACGAGCGCGGCGGUUUUUCUAAAGCUUUCUCAGUUUGAGUAACUUUUAAAGUCAGUAGUAUGAAGUCCUCUGGUAUGGCAUGUUUCCUGCGUUGUGUCCUCAUGCUCAGGAUUGCGACUCAUGGGAUGUAGUAAAUGGAGAGCUGCGUUCAACUUUGGACACCUGAAGGUGCAGUCCAAGCUGUCCGUCUUCUUUACCAUGAUCAUUCUCUUCACUUACCUGUUUUACUGCCUCAACGGAUACUGUGACUCCUUGCCCAGGCCGGUUUAUGACCAACAAAGUCAUUUCCAAAACAAAAUUAUCUUAAAUGAUGGACACGAAGCGUCAGCGCAGCAGCUCGGCAAGUAUAACGCGUCUCAAGUCUCGAUUGUCCGGGAACAGCUGUCGGACUUGUCGAACAGCGACGCUCUAUCUAACAAUAUAUCUAUAGCCAAUAAUUUCGGCAGCAAAAAGUUUCCUCAGGCCAUCAUCAUAGGGGUGAAGAAAGGUGGCACUCGGGCGCUGCUGGAGUUCCUGCGCAUCCAUCCGGACGUGAGAGCCGUUGGAUCUGAGCCGCACUUCUUUGACCGCUUUUACGAUAAAGGGUUGGAAUGGUACAGGAACCUGAUGCCUCGUACUCUAGAGGGUCAGAUCACCAUGGAGAAGACCCCCAGUUACUUCAUCACCAAAGAAGCCCCUCGCCGCGUCUUCUCCAUGAGCCGCCACACCAAGCUCAUCGUGGUGGUGCGUGACCCUGUGACCCGGGCUGUUUCUGAUUAUACCCAGACUCUGUCCAAAUCUCCCGGGCUCCCGUCCUUCCAGAACCUGGCCUUCCGCAAUGCCACCACAGGGCUCAUCGACACGUCUUGGAGUGCUGUGCGUAUUGGCAUCUAUGCCAAGCACCUAGAGAACUGGCUGCGCUUCUUCCCGCUCUCACGCCUCCUCUUUGUCAGUGGCGAGCGCCUCGUGACGGACCCAGCAGGGGAGAUGGGCCGGGUCCAGGACUUCCUGGGACUCAAACGUGUGGUGACAGACAAGCACUUCUACUUCAACCAGACCAAAGGUUUCCCCUGCCUGAAGAAGCCCGAAGGGAGCAGCAGGCCACGAUGCCUGGGAAAGUCAAAGGGCAGGCCCCAUCCCCAGAUCCCCUCUGAGGUCCUGCUCAGGCUCAGAGACUUCUACAGACCCUUCAAUCUAAAGUUUUACCAAAUGACCGGCCACAAUUUUGGUUGGGACUGAACGGCUACUCGCCAAAGCUCUUAAAAACUGUUAGUAGCGUUCUUGUUAAGCCAACUACCAGACAGGGAUACCUUGAAUACAUUGUGUGUUACCAAAGCUUUUAUUGUGCAAAAUAUGCCUUUGUGUAAUUUCCUAAGCUAUGAAAACUGACUAUGAAACUGCUUUUCUCCAGAUUUACAAUAGCCAUGCUAAAAAAGUUUGUGCGAGCUUCAAUCCCCUGAGCCAUAGUAGUAAGCAGUGCUAAACAAAAGAGCUUUGGAGAAGCACUUGGUUGUGGCUCAUGCUGCUGCAGUGUGAAAAGCGCCAGCCGCAUCGAAGUGUACUGCUUAUUUGCUUUAAAUUGGAACUUCUAGUACUUGGCACCCUGAGUGACAGAGGUAUGCUAAGCUCUCAUUGCUGUCCAAAACAUUUAACAGCACAACUUCUAAAUUGAAAAUAACCCCAGAGCGAUGCCAACGCUGCAGAGAUGUGCCUGAAGUUAAACCAAAUGUCAAACGAGUAACAAGCCUUGACAGCCGGGCAAAGCUACGAUAAACCAAAUGACAUAUUGGAGUUUUGAGACAUAGCUAUAAAAAAACAACAUAGUGAGGAAAGAAGCAAAGGGGUUUUGAAUUAUGCACAAUGGUAUAAUCAAAAUAAACUGUGACAUAAAUAAGUCAUUCUGGAUCACUUAAAUUCCAUCAGCAUUGUUCAGUUCAACUCUGGAUAAAUGAUCCGACACGUUUAUACAGUGUAUGCAGUUACAGGAAGUUCUUUUUUCUUCAGUUCUUUCAAUGCAAGCUCCUUUUCUGGACUGUCUUUUAAUUUUAUAAAAAUGAAAGAUGUAGCAAACGCAGGAUGAUACCUGGUACUGGUGCAAAAAGGCAUAAAAUAGUCCACAAUGUGCUGUAAAUAUGCUGUUAUUUAAGUUUCCAAUACAAUGCUUGUAUAAAAUGUUCUUUACAGACAACACCUGUAUCUGUGAUUGUUUUCUACUUCGUUUAAUCAUCACCUCCACAAACGGUACUUAAAUGCAACUGUAUAUUUCUAAAGGCCUAAUUUAUAAGAUGACAAGCUAUUGUUGAGAUGUUUUCUCUGAGACUUUUGUAUUUGAAAUUCUGCUGGAAAUUCUGAC